CGGGACGCAGGGAGAAGGGCGGCUGGGCCGGAGCUGCCCGCGGCGCCGCGCUCCUGCACGCUCCGGACCCGCCUCUGCAGGUGCCAUGACUCAACCGCCCCAGGAGGGCUUCGACAGGAGCGUGGAGGAAGCCCGGCAGUGGAUGAAGGCUGUGCAGGAGCGGCUGCAGGUCAACGACAACACCCAGGGGCCCCGGGCGGCCCUGGAGGCCAGGCUGCGGGAGACCGAGAAAAUAUGCCAGCUGGAGCCGGAGGGGCGCGUGAAGGUGGACGUCGUGCUGCGGGCGGCGGAGGGCCUCCUGGCGUGUUGCCGUGACGGCCAGAAGCCCGAGAUCCUGGCCCAGCUGAAGGACAUCAAAGCCCAGUGGGAGGAGACGGUCACCUACAUGACCCACUGUCACAGCCGCAUCGAGUGGGUGUGGCUGCACUGGAGCGAGUACCUGCUGGCUCGAGAUGAGUUCUACCGCUGGUUCCAGAAGAUGAUGGUGGUCCUGGAGCUGCCCGUGGGGCUGCAGCUGGGCCUGAAGGAGAAGCAGUGGCAGCUGAGCCACGCCCGGGUCCUGCUGCACAACGUGGGCAACCAGGCCGUGCUCCUCGACCGGCUGCUGGAGGAGGCGGCCUCCCUGUUCAACAGGAUCGGGGACCCCAGUGUGGACGAAGAUGCCCAGAAGAGGAUGAAGGCCGAGUACGCCGCGGUGAAGGCCAAAGCCCAGGACAGAGUGGGCCUGCUGGAGCAGGUGACCCGGGAGCACGAGCAUUUCCAGGCAGGCGUGGACGAGUUCCAGCUGUGGCUGAAGGCGGUGGUGGAGAAGGUGAGCAGCUGCCUGGGGCGGAACUGCAAACUGACCACCGAGGGCCGUCUCUGCGCGCUGCAGGACAUCGCUGGCGAUUUCCCGCGGGGUAAGGAGUCUUUGAGGAGGCUGGAGGAGCAGGCUGCAGGCGUCAUCCAGAACACCUCUCCUCUGGGCGCGGAGAAGAUCACCGAGGAGCUGGAGGAGAUGCAGAAAGUUCUGGACAAGCUGCGAGCCCUCUGGGAGGAGGAGGAGGAGCGGCUGCAGGGCCUGCUCAAGUCCAUGGGAGCCUGUGAGCAGCAGAGGCGGCAGCUAGAGGCCGAGCUGGGAGAGUUCAGGAAGGACCUUCAGAGGCUGGCCGAGGAGGGUCUGGAGCCCGCGGCGAAGGCGGGGACCGAGGACGAGCUGGUGGCCCGCUGGAGACUCUACUCGGCGACGCGGGCGGCCCUGGCCGCGGAGGAGCCCCGGGCGACCCGGCUGCAGGCCCAGCUGAAGGAGCUCAUCGUCUACCCCCAUGACCUGCAGCCGCUCUCCGACAGCGUGGUCGCUGCUCUCCAGGAGUACCAGAGCAUGAAGGGCAAGAGCGCCAGGCUGCGCAAUGCCACAGGGGCGGAGCUGUGGCAGCGUUUCCAGAGGCCUCUACAGGACCUGCAGCUGUGGACGGCCCUGGCCCAGAGCCUCCUGGACAUCACCGCCAGCCUGCCGGACCUGCCCUCCAUUCACACCUUCCUGCCCCAGGUCGAGGCGGCCCUGGCAGAAAGCUCGCGCUUGAAGGAGCAGCUGAUGAUGCUACAGCUGAAGAGAGACCUGCUGAGGAGCGUCUUCGGCCAGGACAAAGCCACGGCCCUCCUGGAGCAGGUGGCGAGCUCCGUGCGGGACAGAGACUUGCUGCACAACGGCCUCCUGCAGAGGAAAAGCAAGCUGCAGAGCCUGCUGGCUCAGCGCCAGGAUGUUGGGGCUGCUUUCGAGCCCCUACAGAAGAAGCUGUCGGACCUCCAAGGCAGGGUCCGAGCCGAGAACGGGCUUCAGCAGGACCUUCCUAGGAAACAGACCCAGCUCUCCAGGUUGCAGGGGCUGCAGGAAGAGGGGCUGGACCUUGGGGCACAGAUGGAGGCCGUGAGGCCUCUCGUCCAGGGGAACCCCACCCACCAGCACAAAAUGGAGCAGCUUUCUGCCGACUACCAGGCCCUGCAGAGGUCUCUGGAGGACCUCAUGGACAGGUGUCAGCAGAGCGUGCGGGAACAUUGCACCUUCAGCCACCAGCUGCUGGAGCUGAGACAGUGGAUCGCCGUGGUCACCCAGAAGCUGGAGUCACACCAGGAGGAGGCGGGCCCGUGGGACGCCCAGUCCCGGGAGGUCGAGGUCGAGAGGCUGCUGGCUGAAUUCCCGGAGAAGGAGGCCCAGCUGCCCCUGGUCGAAGCCUAUGGCCGGCUGGUGAUGAAGAAGUCUUCUCCGGAAGGGGCUGCUCUGGUCCAGGAGGAGCUGGAGGAAUUGGUGCAGUCGUGGCAGGCUCUGAAGCUGCUGGAGGAAAGCCUGCUGAGCCUCAUCAGAAACCAGCAGCUGCAGAGGACGGAAGUGGACUCGGGGAAGAAAACGAUUUUCACCAACAACAUCCCGAAGAGUGGGUUUCUCAUCGAUCCCACGGAGCCUCUUUCCGGGCGUCACCGCCGGGCAAAUCUGCUCCGGGAAGAAGGCAGCCGGGAAGGUUACUCCCAGCUCCUGAGGGACUUUGAGCAGUGGUUGGAGGUGGAAAACGCCAAGCUGGUUAGCAUCAUCGCGAUGAGGAUGGCCGCAGCCAGGGAUCUGAGGGCCAGGGAAACGAAGCUACAGGAGCUGCAGGCUCGGGUGCCAGAAGGUCAGCGUCUCUUCGAGAACCUCCUUCAUGUCGGGCCAGCGAGGGGGUCCUCGGACGAGCUCGAGGACCUGCGUUACCGGUGGAUGCUGUACAAGUCCAAGCUCAAGGACUCCGGCCACCUGCUGGUCCUUACACCAGUCUCCAAAGGGAGAGCGGAGACUGAGAGCCGGAACUCCCACGGCCGUGGCGCUGACACAGAGUUCUCCAGGGGAGCCGACUGGAUUCCAAAAGGCUCCGCGGUGGCGAGGACUCGGGCCCCUCUUCCGGAAGGUGUGCUGUGUGGCUCUCCCCCUGCAGCUGCUGUUCCUGCUGUUCCUGCUGCUGCUGUUCCUGCUUCCGGUCGGGGAAGAGAACCGCAGCUGCACGCUGGCCAACAACUUCGCCCGCUCCUUCAAGUUCAUGCUGCGCUACGAUGGCCCCCCGCCCACCUAACCCGCCGGGCCACGCAGGCUUCCCAGCCCGGCCGUGACAUGUUUAAUUGGAGAGAUUCAUCAUCUUUCGUGGAAACCCCUUGGUGAGACGCUAUUCAGCUACUUGGCCUUGGCCUUUCCUGUCACCGUCUGGCCGGCUCUGGCUCCCAACCGCUCCUGCGGUGACCUUUUGCCACCCUGCUUCCCUCGAUUACGCUUCAAGGGGAGCGCCCCCGGCCCGCUCCGGGUUUCCGCCGUGGGGAUCCUGGAUUGCCGUCGUGCUUUGGCGUGCGUCCUGGUCGGUCCCUGCUUCCAGCUCCUCCUUGGUCUUCGCCGUGGCCUUCUGCUAAUUUCUAACAGGAGGCCUCUGCUACCAACGGACAGCAAGGGAAAUUGCUCCAAAUUGUCCCGCGACAGUCUCUCUCCAUCGCGAGUGUGGGUUUCCCGUCCUUGACCAUGUGCAAAUAAUUGAGGCCCUUUUGCUUUGGAAUAAGGUGAUGGCAUGACAAAAAGAAAAGUUAAAAAAAGAAAAGAAAAAAGCAAGCUCCUUGCGAUUGGGCGUCCUGGAUCACAUCCUGGAACGGUAAAGGGACAUUAGUGGAAAACUCAAUGGAACACAAAUGAAGUCUGUGGUUUCCUGAAUAAUGUCACGCCGGUGUUCGUGUCGUGGUUUUGACGAGAGUCCCACGGUUCCGUGAGCGGUUCGCGUCAGAGGAGACCCGGCGACGGGAACUUGGUGCUAUCUUGGCACCUUCUCUAAAAUUAUCCCAAGGAAAAAUUUUAUUUAUUUAUUUAUUUUAAGUAGAGACUUUUAUGGCCCUGGGGAAAAGGGGAGAGUUCUCUCUCGCCUCUAAAUUGCUCCCUUAAAAACGGGUUUGGAUCUGUCCUGGGAACAGGCUUGGAGUCAGCCCCAUCCACAUUUGCCUCCCAGUCACCGCAUCUCCAAGGUAGCAACCUUGGGAAAGUUCUCCAGUCUUCUUGAAUGAUACUUACCACAAAGGGAUAUAUGGCCGGGAGUAAAAGCAGCCAGCAUGCCCAGCGCUUGGCACGUAGCGAACACUGAGCUGGUGUUCUGGUCCCAUCCCAGCCGCCUCCUCGGCCGCGCUCAGCACGUUCGGAAGACACGUCUUGUUUCAGCCCUCUGAACGUGGGGUUUGUAGGCGACGUAGGCCGACCCCAAAGUACGGCCUUGCAACUGUGCCAGGGGUCUGCGGCGUCCCCUACGCGCUUCGCAAGUGUCCCGGGGAUCCUCGUUGAGCAGGGGGCUUCUGGAAUCAGCCAGGGGUCAGUUGCAGACAACAGCACCCACUCUAGCCCGUUUAAGGAGAGAAAGAUGAAUUACAGGGUGUUGGGUGGCUCACAAAAUUGCUGGCACGGUUGAAGGAGUCGACUUCUAGUCUGAGAUUCCAGAAAUAAGCCCAGCCUGAGGACCACUCUGGCCUCUUCCCUGGCGGAGACAAGAGGCAGCCACCACUUUAAGAAGCUGCCAAGCCAGGAAGCCACCGCGGUUGCCUGAAGACUCUUGUUGUCUCCCCCGGUCACCCAGAGCAGCCACCCAGGUGCCCCGCGUCAGGCCGUCUCAUGGGCCUCCCUUCCAUACCGCGUAUCGCGGCAGGAGAACCUGAGCGGGCAAAGCCUAGGUCACAUCCAGGGCCCGGCAGCGAAGGAGUCUAGAAAUGUCGUUUUAGCUUUACCCUCUCUGCAUCACAGGAGGGCGUCUUGCAAGGGGUUUACUGGGUGAUGAACCGAGCACCCCACAGUCCACGCCUUUGGAUGCUUAGUAUUCACGCGCACCCCUGUUUCCCCAUCCAAAACUCCAAAUGAAAACAGCAGCGGAAACACUCAGCUCCCACGCUGUGCAAUGCGCCUCCCGCUCGUACAAACAGGUGCACGCUUAGCGACACGUCUUACUAGUCAGUAUAUCCAUUUUCGUGCUCCGUGAGUUUCCCUCGGGUUCAUUCGCAGUCUUAACUUGAUAGCCUGAAGUCCGUGAACGAAAAACACGGUUAACGACCCAGUCCCCGCCACCACGCCCACGUUGUCCAUGAACAGGCACCGGAGUGGCUGGAAAGAGGCCGUGUGAUUGCCCAGCUGACUCUCAGGAGCCUCCUUUGUAUAGAUGGGCUUUCGGUGAGCAGACAGCCCCACGUAGCCUGGCACCCGAGAUCUACUCCAAGAGGACUACCCACAAACCUCUCCUUCAAACUUCCUUGUCAUCCGUCCCUAACCUUGAACUUUUCAAGCCCUUGACCAUCCUUAAGUCAAGAAUGUUUAAGUAAAGAAUAUUUCUGAGUUCCUACUGUAUGUCAGGCAUGAACAAAAUGGUGAAGGAGAGCAAACCCAGGCUCCUGCCUUCAUGGAGCCUCCUUCCUGGAGCUGGCCGCUGCCCACCAGUCCACGUAGAUCUGUACUCCCAGUCACUUCUGUUAUCGGGCAAAAUGGAUUACCAAUGGACAGCUCAAAGCUGGCCCCUGGGGGGACUUCCCUUCCCCUUGCCUUUCAUCACCGGCCUUCAGGAGGACUUCGAUCCCAUAGCACUGCACUUCUGGCUGGUCAAAUCCAGCUGUGACCUGUUUUUGUUUAGCCCAAGAUGACCAACAGGAUUUAAAAUUUUUUAAAAUGGUUCCAUGUUUAAGUGGUCACGU